CGACACGGUGGUGAUCAGUGUUGCUUUACUCACAUGUGUGUAGACCGUUUUUGCUGGUAGAUGAUAAACCUCAAACCGUUUUUAAUAAAGCAAGAAGGUUCUGGGUUCGAGUCCAGCGGCCGGCGAGGGCCUUUCUGUGUGGAGUUUGCAUGUUCUCCCCGUGUCUGCAUGAGUUUCCUCCGGGUGCUCCGGUUUCCCCCACGGUCCAAAGACAUGUGGUUAGGUUAAUAUGGGACGGCCUUGGGCUGAGGUGCCCUUGAGCGAGGCGCCUAACUCCCAACUGCUCCCCGGGCACUGUAGCAUGGCUGCCUACUGCUCUGGCUAAUCACAAUUGUCCCAUGAGUUUUGUGGAGUACUCGGAGUUCAUUCAGGAAGGAGAUGUGGUCAUCAUCUUUCUUGGGCAUGAUUCCAUGAUGCCUAUCAAAGUGGAGUCUGGUGCUCAAACACAGACCCGCUAUGGAGCCAUUCGCCACUCCACUGACUUAAUCGGCCGACGGUUUGGUUCGAAAGUAACAUGCAGUAAAGGUGGAUGGGUGUAUGUACUGCAUCCCACUCCGGAACUAUGGACUGUGAAUCUUCCUCACCGAACCCAGAUCCUUUACACAACAGACAUCGCCAACAUCACCCUGAUGUUGGACCUCAAACCAGGCUCCAUUGUCUGUGAAUCAGGCACUGGCAGCGGCUCACUGUCCCAUGCCAUUCUCCGCACUAUUGCACCCAAUGGCCACCUGCACACAGUCGAGUUCCAUGCCCAGCGGGCAGAAAAGGCAGCAGAAGAGUUCAGAGAUCAUAAAGUGGGCCAUCUAGUGACUGUCCGAAACCAGGAUGUGUGUAAAGAUGGCUUUGGUGUUGUCGGUGUAGCCGAUGCAGUAUUUCUGGACAUCCCAUCACCAUGGGAGGCCAUCAUACAUGCCAAGAAAGCAUUCAAACGCAGGGGGGGUCGUUUGUGCUCAUUCUCUCCAUGUAUUGAGCAAGUCCAGAGGACAUGUGAAACUUUGCUCGAGCAUGGCUUUGAGGAGAUCUGUACUCUGGAGGUCCUGCAGAGGGUACACGACGUCCGCUCUGUCACUCUGCCUUUACCGGACUUCGGCCCAGAGGACGGCGGAACAGAUGGUACCAAGAUAGCCUCUGACCCUGCUUCAGAGGUAGUUCCCCCUACAGCAAACCCCAGCUACUCUUCAGUGACCUGCCGGACUGCCACACCGCCUAGAGAGAUGGCUGGACACACAGGUUACCUCACUUUUGCAACCAAACCACGGGACUAGAAUACUACGGAAAUGCCAUGAGGUGGAUGGCGUGACUGCUUGAAGCAGGAGUGUAGACUUUAUAGCUGUGCUUUUUUUAUAUAUAUAUAUAUAUAUAUAUAUAUAUAUAUAUAUAUAUAUAUAUAUAUGAGAACAUAUUUUAUAUUCAGAUAUAGAGAUCGACUUAGUCUGAGUUGGGGGGAGGGGAGUAUAAAUGUCUAGCAAAUAGGCUAGAUUAUUUAAACCAUUUGUUUAUUACUGAUCAUUGUUCUUUGUGUAAGAACAGUCUUUAAUUUCUUUCAGAGCAUGACAAUGCAUUUUAAUAAUGUUUAGGGGUUUUUUUUUGUUGCAAUAAAAAAAUGAGGAAAUAUA